GCCCAUGACGCGCAUCAUUACUUAUCCCUCUACUUUGCUACCUACAAUGGAUUUUUCUCUAUGACGUACUACUUUACUAGAUUUAGCAUGGCCUCUCAACUAGUUUUAUCAAGUUUGUGCAUUCCGUUUAAGAUUGUGCAUUCUGGGGCUCAUAACAGAGUUAUCUUACCCGUUCACCCUUUGCCUUUUUUGAGCCACUAUACAUUAUACACGCGUAGAGACACAGCAGCUGUGUGUACUGCCGGUUGUGGUUCCAUUCCUCCAAUAUUACGAUAACAUAUUGUACAAUACUAAGUCGCUCUAAGUACUAUGAGUUCCACUUUUUUUGUAAAAACUGUGCUUUCAUCUUU